AUGGAUAGGAAUAUAGGCGAGGGGGAGAAAAUUGAUUAUGACUUAUGUUUGAAAAAGAAUUUCUAUGAAGAAUUUAUAGAUAAUGUAAGUAUACCCGAUCUAAUAUUGUCCAUAUUGAAGAAGAAGAAUAAUGGAAUUGUCGACAAAGUAUUGGAUAAAUGGAGAAAAAAAACAAAUAAAGGAAUGAAUUCGAAUGAUAGAAUAUGGAAUAGUGUUGACGAGAAUAAAAUGAAGAGGGGAAUAAGGAAAGUACAGAAGAUAUGGAGUGGAAUUAAUGAAAAAAGUGAAAAAAAGCAAGAAGAGAACCGUAUGUUGGAAUCGUUAAAAACAAAGAUGGAGGAGAGUUGGAAUCAAAAAGGGAAUGAGAAGCAGAGUGGGAAUACUAGAAAGAAUAACCUAGAGACAGCAGUAAAAAACAUGAAAUAUCAAAGAGUAAAUAGAGUAAAUAGACGGUUAGAAGGAAAGCUCAUUAAAAUAAAUGAUGACGCAUGGGAGAAAUGGAUGGCAUGGUGGAUACACGUAAGAGAGAAUAGUAGUAAUAAUCUUGAUGAAACUCACAACGAAGAAAAUGGCUGUAUUGACGAUACGGGCCCCGCAGGUACUACCUUACAAGCUGGAGAAAAUACAACCACCCAGGCAUCAACUACAGUGGGCAUCAGCACCAGUGAUACAGGCAUCAGCACCAGUGAUACAGGCAUCAGCACCAGUGAUGCAGGCAUCAGCACCAGUGACACAGGCAUCAUUACCAGGGAUAAAUGCACCAUCAGCAACUGGAACCGCAGUAGCAGAUACAUCAGGAAUGAAUGA